AUGGAGUCUAAUUUAAGCUAUUCUUCUACUUCAGAAGCAGAAAUCAAAGACAUCUCUGUGAAAGUAAAUGAUAAUGAGCCUGUUGCGGUAUCUCUCAAUUUAUCCUAUAAACUUCGCGAAAUUAGAGAGCAUCUAAGAUAUAUUCACGGGAUUAAAAUGGGCACCAAUGCGUGUUUUGUCAGUGAAAUUGGACGAAUAAUUCCGGCUGAUGAAAGUAGAAAAAGUUUGAAAGAUAUUGUUAGCGAAAAUAUUCUUCGUAUUAAGCGAAUUCCUGAUCAAAUUGACUGGAUAGAGAUUAUAGAAAAGAAACAUUUAGAAUAUGGCUUUUUCUUAGGUGAUGAACAAAAAAUCAAAGCGAAUUCCAAAGUAAUUCAACUCGUCAAAUAUCCUGAACCUGAUAGCAAAUUGGACGCAAGUAAUAUGCAUGACGUUUUGUUCCAGUGCAAUAAUGAAAUUAGUGCCAAAUUGUUUAAGAACAAAAUUGCAAAGACUGUUAUUUUUGCUCCUGGCAUGAAGCUUGGAAUAGAUUUCAACAUGACUAAAGAGAUCAAUAAGAAAGAACAAACUUCUACCACCUACCGUAUAAAGGAAAGAGUAAAAGCUAUUCUUGAUAUGAACAAACUUGGUGUAGAGGCAACACAUGACUUCAAAAAUGAGGUGAAUGAAGCACUGUCGGGAGACGAUGAUCAAUCAAAACGCGACAAACUCAAAAAAUUUGAAGAAAAAUAUGGUCGAUAUUUGAGUAAAAAAAUAAAACUCGGAGGAAAAAUAAUUUAUGUUGAGAACGAAAAAAGCGAUUUAGGAGAAUCCCGAAAUUUGAACCAGAUUUCUGGUGAAUUAAGCUUUGGAAAAAACAUAAGUUACACUGGAACUGGUGUUAAAUAUGCUAAUUAUACAGCCACCGAUUCUUCUCAACAAUCAAAAGCAAAUGAAUCAUGCUUUGAAAUGUUCGGUGGAAAAGAUUCUACUCGAGAAAAUGAAUCAGAAUGGUUAAAUUCGCUUGACAACUUUAAAAAUUGGGAGGCUAUCGAAUACGACGAUAUUGUUUCUAUAUUCGAUAUAUUAGACGACCCUAUCCGAAAAACAAUUUCAGCUCUUUUUGGAUUAACUAUCGUUAACACUGGGGUCAACUCUAUAAAGUUUAAUUAUGACACGAGAUACAAUAAACCAUAUAUACAAAAAUUUACUUUCCAUAAUAAUCUUAGAAAACAUCACAAAGUCUUUGCAAACGUUAUCAAUCAUAAAGAUCCUGGAGAAAUUUUCGCUUUGAGACUUCACUACAAUGAAGACAACACUACACCACAAAUCGUACUUCAUCAAGUAGGAAAAAUUAAAAAGCCUAAUUCAAACUCUAUAAAAACCAUCAUUCUAGAACUUACCUGGGUAAUAAUUGAUCUCUCGACCGAUUUCCUUUUGAGCAGUGCUGUUACAAAUCUUAAUAUUAUCUGCAACGAAGCAUUUGCAAAAAUCAACGGCGAUAGUUUUGAAACAGAAGAACUUAACGAUAAUGACGCAAACAUUAGCCACAUAAUGACAUGUAUAACACGAACGAAAGCGAAUGAACACUAUAACUUAAGCAAAACAAAUUUUGUUGUUGCUUCUCAUUUUUUGUGUUAUAAUUCUAACGCUAAGAUUAAAUGUCAUGGAAUUUGUUCAUCUGUUGAUCAUAAAUUAAAAGAACAAUUAGAUAUGCAAAGACUUGAGCUUAAAAUAAAUUACUGCGCAAUAUCUGAUGCGACCGGCAACAAUGGUCAAUUUGGCAUGAGCAUAUCGGAAAAGAAGAAG